GAGAAUGUGAAUACUGAUCUCUGCUGCCGUGCUGCUCUGAUGGCGUAUCUCAGUACGUGGUGAGAAUGUGAAUACUGAGCUCUGCUGCCGUGCUGCAUGCUGGUGGUGUAUGUCAAGUCCAGUGCAAUGAACAUCCAAGUCUGAAUAAGCGGAAGACUGGUACAGCCACUUCGCUUUCUUCACCUAGACAUCUGUUGACCAUGGACUACAGUCCCUUAUUUUCGCGGUAUUAAUUUUAAUGCCUCUCUAUACCGAUUUAACAGAAAUUUACUAACAUUAAAGGCUCCUGAUUUCUCCACCAAAGCACCGAUCUGCCUGCUGACUUGUGCAAUACGGAAACACAAUUUAAGUAUUCGAAGAUAAGGCGUAAAAAACACUGACUAAAAUGUAUGGCUUUGUGAAUCAUGCUUUAGAGCUGCUGGUAUUACGGAACUUUGGCCCAGAGGUGUGGGAAGAUAUCAAGAAGGAAGCACAGCUGGAUGUGGAAGGACAGUUCCUUGUACGUUUAAUAUAUGACGACUCAAAAACAUACGAUCUAGUAGCUGCAGCAAGCAAAGUUCUUAAACUUAAUGCUGGGGAGAUCCUGCAGAUGUUUGGAAGCAUGUUUUUUGCCUACUGCCAAGAAUCUGGUUAUGAUACAAUUCUUCGAGUCCUUGGUUCAAAUGUUAGAGAGUUCCUUCAGAACUUGGAUGCCCUUCAUGAUCACCUUGGUACAAUAUAUCCCGGGAUGCGUGCUCCUUCAUUUAGAUGCACUGAUGCAGAGAAGGGAAAAGGACUUAUUUUGCACUAUUACUCAGAAAGGGAUGGUUUGGAAGAUAUAGUGAUUGGAAUAGUCAGGACUGUGGCUCAGCAGAUACAUGGCACAGAAAUAGAAAUGAAGGUUCUUCAGGAGAAGACUGAGGAUUGCGACCACAUUCAGUUUUUAAUAGAGGAAAAGGAUUCACAGGAAGAAGCUUUCUUUGAAGAUGUGGACAGAUUUGAGGAAAAUGAUGCUCAAGAAUCUAGGAUAAGUCCUUACACUUUUUGCAAGGCCUUUCCCUUCCACAUCAUGUUUGACAAAGAUUUCAUUGUGUCUCAGUGUGGAAAUGCUAUUUACAGAGUUCUGCCUCAGCUUCAGCCUGGAUCCUGUAACUUGCUUUCAGUUUUCUCACUGGUACGGCCUCACAUUGACUUUACUUUCCACGGAAUCUUGUCACACAUCAACACUGUUUUUGUACUGAGGAGCAAGGAGGGAUUGUUAAAUGUUGAAAAGGCAGAAUGUGAAGAUGAGCUGACAGGAGCAGAAAAAAGCUGCCUGCGUCUUAAAGGCCAGAUGAUCUACUUACCGGAAACAGAAAACAUCCUUUUCCUGUGCUCUCCAAGUGUCAUGAAUCUUGAUGACCUAACAAGCCGUGGCCUCUACCUUAGUGAUAUUCCACUACAUGAUGCUACUCGUGACCUGGUCCUGUUAGGUGAGCAAUUUCGUGAGGAAUAUAAAUUGACCCAAGAGCUGGAGAUCCUUACAGAUCGGCUUCAGCACACAUUAAGAGCACUCGAGGAUGAAAAGAAAAAGACUGACAGGUUACUGUACUCAGUCCUUCCACCUUCAGUUGCUAAUGAGCUGAGGCACAAACGGCCAGUACCAGCCAUGCGAUAUGAUAAUGUAACUAUCCUUUUCAGUGGAAUUGUGGGAUUCAAUGCUUUCUGCAGCAAGCAUGCCUCUGCAGAGGGAGCAAUGAAGAUUGUAAAUCUUCUGAAUGAUGUGUACACAAGGUUCGAUAUUCUGACUGAUUCCCGAAAGAAUCCUUUUGUUUACAAAGUGGAAACAGUUGGUGAUAAAUAUAUGACAGUGAGUGGUUUGCCUGAACCAUGUGUUCACCAUGCCCGAUCGAUCUGCCAUCUGGCACUAGACAUGAUGGAAAUAGCUGGACAACUGAAAGUGAAUGGAGAACCUGUACAGAUAACUAUAGGUAUCCACACUGGGGAAGUGGUUACAGGUGUUAUUGGUCAGCGAAUGCCCCGCUAUUGCCUUUUUGGGAACACUGUUAACCUAACAAGCAGAACUGAAACUACGGGAGAAAAGGGGAAGAUUAAUGUAUCAGAGUACACCUACAGGUGCUUGAUGAGUCCAGAAAAUUCAGAUCCACAGUUUCACCUGGAAUAUCGAGGACCUGUUGCUAUGAAGGGCAAAAAGGAACCAAUGAAAGUCUGGUUUCUCUCAAGAAACUCUGAAGGGUCUGGAGAUAUAUAAUUAAAGCAACACAUCCUCACAUGCAAAAGUAACAUUUAAAUGCUACAUGUUUCAUCUUAGUUAUUACAAACUCACUUAGUGUUUGAGAAAAUAAACCUUCCACUACUAAAAAGGGCAUUUUUGCAAAACUGUAGUAAAUGUACUUAAUGUCAUUAUUGAGAAUUAAUUUCUGAAAUACUUGUCUUCAUUAUUUAUCUUAUCACUGAGUUAAUAGUGCUGUGUUCCACAGAAAUGAGUGCCAAAUCUAAAUAUUUUACUAUGUCUUAAGGUGAAUGUAUGACAGAGCAUCCCAUUAUAGAGUAAUAUAUUUUCACAAAUUAUAUGUUUUAUACAUUUGCAAACAGUUUUCUGAAUUGCUUCUUGGGGCACAGUUGUUUUACUUAAUCUGUAAGGAAUGUGUAAAGAGUUGCUCAAAAAGUCUCAAAUCUUUUCUCGUUAAACUUGUCAUCGGCCCUGACAGGACUGCCUCUGAAUGGUAAUGUUUAGCAUAACAUUUUUAAACUAUAACCACUCAAGCGUAAUAUGACAUGAAAAUGCAAUAUAACAAGAAAGGUUUCUAUAAAUAGAGGACGUUUGUUUCUUUUUCUUCAGGAAUAAAGAUGAUCACAUAACUUUUACUUGCUUGCAUUGUUUACAUAUGUCAUUUUAAUACAACAUAGUUUCUUUGACAGUUUCUUUCAUGGCACACUGCAGAGAUUAUUAAACAAAAGUGUUCAGUCUCGAGUCUUCUGUGGUAAUAUAGCAGUUUCAGCAAAACAUUAAACAUUUAGUAACAUCUCAGUGUCGGCACAUACUAUCAUAAAGUAUUGGAAAUUUUACAGGAAGGACCUUAAUGCAGUGGUUAAAAAGGCCCACAUGCAAACAUCUGAGUUGGAUUAUUUAAGCCGGCCUAUGAUAAGUGAUUUUUUUAUCCAAGUAGCCACUAUGUUCCACAACUUAAUAUAAGAACUAAAACUGGUAACAAACGGAAUGAUGACCAGUUUUUAAAUCUGGUACUCAGGUGCAGAAGAUCCAUCAUAAAAUGUAGCCUACUCAUCCGGUAUUCCCUCCCAUGUGUGAGUCUGAUGUGCACAAGAUACCACAGUGCUAUAUGUCAUAGUGAGUCAUGCUUGGCCUGCUUUCCCAUGUCGUCAUGUGACAGUCUGAUCUGCACAGUCCCACAGUGGUAUGUCCAGACUCAUGUUUGGCCCUAGUUUCCUAUUACCCAUGUGGGCAGUUUGAUUUGUACAGUCCCUCACAGUGUUAUGCCCAGUGACACAUAGUGGCACAUGCUCGGCCUGUUUUUCAUUACCCGAUGUGGGAGUCUGAUGUGCACAGGAUACCACAGUGCUAUAUGUUGUAGUGAUUCAUGCUUGACCUGCUUUCUCAUGACUCCAUGUGACUUCCUGAUGUUCACAGUAUCUCACAGUAGAGCCCUAUUUUCCAUUGAGCCCAUGCGGCAGUCUUGUGUGCAUAGUAACCCUAAGCCACUAUGGGCACUGUGAACUAACAUCGGGUGUCACAGUGGCUGGGCAAUUUUUUGGGGGCUAGGCUUGUAAAGGCUCCAGGGCAAUUAGCCUAGUACACACCCAUGAACAGUGGUGUGCCCAAUGCCACCUGCUUGACCUGUUUUCCUAAUACCCCAUGCAGCAGGCUGAUGUGCACAAUAUUCCACAGUGGUAUGCCCAGUGACACUGGAUUGACUUGCUUUUCUGUUACCUCAUGUGUCAUCUUGAUGUGCACAGUAACCCACAGUGGUUUGCCCACUGGGACAUACUUGACCUAUUUCCCAUUACUCCAUGUGGCAGUCUGAUGUGCCCAGGAUCCCAUAGUGGUAUGUCCAGUGACAUAUGCAUUCUGCAGUGCAUGACUUUUUUAGUCAGUAGUACUGCCUGCUACUUCACCAGUGUUCACAUUAUGACAACACUGCUGUGUAUCAGGCUACAUCUGUUUCUAUUGGUUGAACACAUCAGUAUCAGCCAUAAACUCACUUGCCUGCUCUUUUGCCAACUCCUGAAGUGUGCAUGUCAGUAGACAAUCUUAAAUCAUUUAUAUAAAAGUCAAAGCUUUAUAUCUGCAUGCCAACAGCUGUAGGCAAUAGUUUUAAUCACAUCUUUAAAUAUUUUCCUAUAUCUUAGGAUGUGUACUUGUUUUUUUUCCCUACUAUGCUGAAUGAAACCAUAGUCACACCAUUUUUAUAAACUUCCGUUACAUAUAUUAACUGUUCUUCCCAUUUUUUCCUCAUUAUUGUAGAUAAUUUAAAAGCUAAUUAAUCUUUCAGGAUAUAAUUGGGUUCUACAUCUUUUUUACAUAAAACCAGACUACUUCUCACCAUAGAUCGUCUUCCCAUUUGCAGAACAUCAGUAAAAUGCAUAGGAGAAUCCAUUCUUAUAAACGCAUAGAAUGCUCAGUUUAUGGUUCUCACCUAGUAAAGUGAUAUUGACUUUGGCUGAAAAAAUACUUCAGAUCUUAAACCCAUAAGUUAAUUGGCUGAGGCAUGACAUGCUUAUGUGAAUUGUUAAGGACUCUUAAAACAUGUUUCAUUAUGUUUUAAUUUGUAUUGUUCUUUCUGCUUAGAUUUGCCUGUAAAUACAUAUUUAUAAACAAGUAAAUCUGAAAAUAUAUUCAUAUGAAUUUGAUAUGUCUAAAGUGUGUGCAGUAUGAACAACGUGAAGUUUUUUAGGCCUAUAUGUGUAGAUUCUGUAUUCUAUGUUUUUAAGUAAUGUUAUAUGGUUCAUCAUACAAAUAAAAUCUUUGAUAUUGAUAUUGAUAAAAUAUGCACAUGUAUUUUCAAUUCUGUUUCCAGUUUUUGAUGUCUAACAGUGUUAACACAUGAUAGUAAUGGUCUAAUGUUGUCAAAUGUGCCACAUCAGAAAUAUGGUCAAUAAAAAUUUCUGCUUUUUA